GUGUGACCCAAGCCAGAUGUGGGCGUGUCUAUAUUACAUAGGUCUGAUUCAGACUGGGCACAUGUGACUGUGAGGGAGGUUAACGCCAGCAUGGCUGGAUUCGAUGACCAUGAAAUGCAUGGUCAAGAGCUGCACCAAUGUGCUGCACGAUUUGAGGAGGAAAACUAUGGAAGGACAUACAAUGCAAGCUUCAAAAGCAAAGGUGGAGCACUGCAGCAAAUUGUUGGAAGUCAUUCAGGAAAGGAGGAUAGAUAUGCUGCUAGGGAGUCAAGAAAUGAUAGACGUGUGGGCCCCAGUCAUGAGUUAAAGUCACACCGGAAUGUUUCUGAUAAACAUUUUAAUAAUACUACAGUAAUGGACUCCAUUGCACAUGGAAGUAAUCAUGAAAAGGUUCUGAAACUAUCCUCUCAUAUGACUGGACCAGAUACGGCGGACCCUGUUGGAAACUUUGCAUGCAGCAGUAGUACCUCUCAGGUUCCUCUCUCAGAUCAUCACCCACUGCACUUUAGCGAUGCAGGGCCAGUUUUAGAAUUGCAACACGGUGCACCUAGCUUGGUAGGUGCAGGCCCAGCUCUAGGAAUGCUCAACAGUGCCCCUAGUAUAUCACAUACUAGUCCAGCUGUUGCACUACACAACAGUGCACCUAGUACAGGAGGUACUAGUCUAGCUGUUGAACUACACAACAGUGCACCUAGUAUGGGAGGUACUAGUCCAGCUGUUGCACUACACAACAGUGCACCUAGUAUGGGAGGUACUAGUCCAGCUGUUGCACUACACAACAGUGCGCCUAGUAUAGGAUAUGCUGAGCCAGUACUAGCACUGCACAACAGUGCACCUAGUAUCAUGGAAUGUACUAGUCCGGCUGUUGAACUACACAACAGUGCACCCAGUUUAGAAGGUGCUGGGCCAGUACUAGCACUGAACCAAAGUAACGCUGUAUCAGACUUCCGACAAGUCAAACUGUCACCAGACUUGUCAUAUUUGGAGGCACUCAGUCAGAGUGUAGAACUGCACGAAAGCUCUACUGUACUAGAUAUUUCUGACUCUUAUGUAAACAAGGACAGCGUUUUUUUGUCCAAAUGAUACUUUUUACCUCAAGCCUUAUGAACACGAUUUAUUUGUGAAAGGAUGUAUGUAGUACUUCCUGGUGACCAAUUUCCUUAGCCUCCGACAUGUCUGAUGAAAAGAUUGCUAUUCAUGUCAUUGAUACAUGUAAUAUUGUAGAGUGCAAUAUUUUGAGAUUGACCUGUUUGAGAGCAUCCUGUAUUACAGCCAAUGAGGGGAAAUGUCACAGGGGUUUGUGUGCAGAGCCCGAGAAGUGAGCAUUCAACCCUGCUCAGGAUUGUCGUGUGAAUGUUCAUACAAGUACAUGUACCCUAUAGAUUCAAAUACUUAUACUGGCAGAUCUUUCAUGGUGAUAUCAUGAAAUUUUGAAGUCGAUUGAAUAUUUUCUGUUUUUGUUUUGGAAGACAUCUCUAUCAGCAAGUAUGGAUUAAUACGUGCUGUCGGUUAUCGUUUUGUUAGCAAAUGCUCUACUGAAUGUAUGUUCAGUGCGUGUGCUUUUAUGCUGUUGGCAUUAGUUCUCGAUAGAAUUCACAGGUAAAGUGGGGCUUUCUUUGUGAUAUUUUGCUUGUAGCUUCACAUUGCAUGUGGUUGAAGUUAGGUUUGUCCACAAGGAUGAGGUCUGUAGUUCUCACAGGAGACUGGUUCUCCUGGAAUGUUGGGUGAUGCUCUCUUGACCCCUGGUUCAAACAGCUCUCUAAAAUGAUACAUGUUUUUGAAAUACAGUAAUAUUCUUUUAAGCAUUGUGUUUUGUUAUGACAUAAACCCGUUCACUGCCGGUUGGGAUUUUGCUCAAGAUAGAAAAUGUCUGAAAAUCGGAUAUAUUAUUGAAACCAUGUCUCAUUGGUACUCGAAAGUACUCGGUGAGAGCUUCCCCAUGAGUGGGGUGAAGUUGAUUUCACAUUUUCAAUUUGGUGAAAUUCAUCCUGGCAUUGAAGGGUAAAUACGUAUUUGAGUUUGUUCUUGCAUAAUCAUGUACAGUAACACAUUCUACUAUUGUUAGCUCUCUAAAUGCUAUUGUGUAAUCUAGGAUUGAGAAACGAUUUAGAUGCAUUGUUUACAAUACAUAUUAGGUGGGUGUACAGAUUUUAAAAAUAGCUUUGACAUGCCUUUGUUCUAGCGUAAGAAGUUUGUAUUUUGAGACUGGCAACUGUACUUUAUGCUAUUGUAUUUGUUUGAUGCCUCUAGCUACAAUGGUAAUCAAGCUAGGUAUUUCAUGUACAGCAAUGCCAGUCUGACCACAUUGAUUAUGUCAAGGUGUCCAGAUGUUCGGUCAAUAUCACGAUUGCUCUACAGAUACACAGAAAAAAUGUAAUUCGAUUGAAUAAACUUAAAUCUGUGACAAUUUGUUUGGAUAAUACAAUUAUCAUAAGGUGUUUUUAUCGUCUGUCUUGCUAUUUAUAUGUUUUUUUAACAAUA